CUCUCUCUCUCUCUCUCUCUCUCUCUCUCUCUCUCUCUCUCUCUCUCUCUCUCUCUCUCUCUCUCUCCAGCCAUUGAAAACGCGGAGAAGAAUCGCAUCAACAAGUCUCCAAUAGACAGUUUUGCUCCUGCUGGCGAGAGACUGACACUCAUUCCUCCAGGCCCCGCAGUCACUCCUCCAGACUCGGGGGGCCAGCUAGUGCCAGUAUCUACCUAGCUGUCGGCGGGGGAGGACGUGUGCGCGUGGCCUGGUGUUUCAGUGGCGCUAACCUGAACAUCCCGUAGUGCUCGUCUCGGAAACUGUAUACAUAUCACCGGAAUAAUUUGGCGAACUGAAAUAUGUUUCAGAUGUGACUAGAGACUGAACAUAAAAUAGAAAGCGUUGAAUAAAAGUAAUUUAAAAGAAAAGUAAUUAUAAUUACCGCAAGUGAGAGUUUUUACUGAUGGCGAGGAGAGGACAGUGAAAUGAAAUGGUGACGGUGAGCGGCAGGGGUUAGUGCCACACAGCGACCCGCCGCACCUGUGUCGUCAUGCUCCAGUGUGGGCCGCGACGCUGCAGCGAGGAGCGUCAACACCUGGUGCCGGUGUGGCAGUGGUAGUGGUGCCCCGCGUGGUAGAGGUAGAGCAUCAUGCUGGCCUCCAGGAGGCGUGGGUCCUGUGGCGGGGUUGGCGACCGUGUCAAGGCCCAGUAUUGUGGCAAGGGUGAAGGGUGCUGGGGGGAUCGCCACACCCUCCAGGAACGAGCAACGGGUGUUCUGGCCGCCCUGGUGGAAGGCGCCGUGGACGCUCCUAAAGAGUCUCACUCCCUCACGCCCAUUGCCUCAUACUUACUCACGCUAAACUCCCGCCUCCUGACCACUACCAUGACCGCGGUGAUAGCCAGUCGACCCCGCUGGCUGCCCCUCGAGUACCACUGGGCUCCCCUUGACCACGACCCUCUGUUGGGACUGUUGCGUCUGGUGGGGGCGCGUCUUACUUCCCUCACCUACACGUGCCACCCGCUGUCGCGCGAGCCCCUGCUGCAGGCCUUGGCCGCCAUGCCUUCCCUCAUCUCUCUCUCUCUGCCGGAGACCGCUGACAAUAACGUGCUAUCGGUAGUGGGCGCCGCCUGCCCCUUCCUUGCCUCCCUCUGCGUGCGGGGCUCCAGAGCUGUUACUGACGAUGGCGUGCGUCGGCUGCUCCUCCGACGCCACACAUACACUCGCUCUCGCUGGCGCCGUCUGUUCUCUCGCUGGCGAACGCUGCGGGCCUCCUUCACCCGCCAGCAGGCUUGCUACCGCCCGCUGCCGCCGCCUGUCUUCAGUGAUCAGGCUCUGCUGCCUCCCCUCGACCCCGACCAUCUCAAUCCCCUGAGUGCCACGCUGACCCUCCUGGACCUGGGCGGCACCAGGGUCACCACGCAAGUGGCAGAGUGGGCCCGCAGCCUUCUUCCCCCUCAGGCCAGCGUGGAGGUGACCCACGCCCACCGCGCCCUCCACUCUCAGGGCUCCCUCGAGGAUCAAAUGGUCGGCCUCCUGGCGCCCCUCACACCCUAGGCCGCUCAUGCCGACUAUCCACACCCUGUAUGAUUGUGCUCACACACACACACACACACACACACACACACACACACACACACACACACACACACACACACACACACACACACACACACAGACAAAGGUUAUCUUACAUUAAGUGGACGACAAAGUGUAGUAUACGUAACUAAAAAAAAAAAAAAAUAGAAGGAAAUAAAAAAAUGUGUUUUUCUUACCUACGUUUAAAAAUACGAACACCAUUAUUGUUUGAGUUGAGACACAAGGCCGCGCUAAGGAGGUGGCGAGGCACAGGUGGUGGUGCUUGUGUGAGGUGGUGGCGGUAAUUAGGGUCACUACAUUCCAACGCACACCUCAUGACCCUCUCCUCAUGAUGACGCCGCCACACACACACACACACACACACACACACACACACACACACACACACACACACACACACACACACACACACACACACACACACACGAAGCCUCCACACUACACUCCCAGCGGCUCCUUCGACGUCAUCACAGCCACAACGACGCUCCAUAACCUCACUUUACGGGUGAGUUGGCAGACGAGCGACUGGCACUCGUCCAGGCAGAGAGGUUGAGGUGAGGUGAGGUCAAGUGAAGCAUGGAAGAGAUGCAGCAGGGUGGGGCUGGAAAGAGGCAGAAAAGGUUGAGGCGCUGUGUGAGGUAAGGGGCAGGACAGGGUAGGACUGGAAAAAGAGGCAGAAGAUGCGGUGAGGCGACAUGAGGUAGGGAAGCGGUAGGGCAGUGCUGAAAAGAGACAGAAAAAGGUAAUGUGAGGUGAAGCAGGGAAGGGAAGCGGUAGGACAGAGCUGGAAAAAGAGAAAGAGGUUGAGGUGAGGUGAAUCAGGGAAGAGAAACGGUGGGGCGAAGAUGAAAAAAGAGGCAGAGGUUGAGGUGGUAGUGAAGCAGGCAGGAGGGAAGCGGCAGGGAGGGACCGGAAAGAGGCUGAAGAGGGUGGAGUGAGGCGGAGCGGGGCAGAGCGGGGCGGAGCUUGAAAGAGAGGAGGGGACAGAGGAUUCAACAUUUCAGGUCGAGUUUUUUAAGUGUAUACUUGGAAAUCGUGGGCAGUAUAUUUUUUGUGUUAAGUGAUGAGGUAUUUUCUAUGUAUAUUUUAAGUUUCUCCAUUUUAUUGCAAUCUAACUAGACCUGAACGAACCUAAAUCAGUCUAACUCCACCCAAACCUAACCUAACCUAACUUGAUGUAUCGUAACGUAACUUAACCUGACCAGAGACUUAAUUGUUUUAGCUGACCGUGCGACCCAAACAAUAUAUUCUGUCUAGAACAUUGAUUCCUGCCAGUAAAAGCUACACACACACACACACACACACACACACACACACACACACACACACACACACACACACACACACACACACACACACACACACACACACACAUCAACGCGAGUGCUGCUUUCUUUAUUUACUUUCCCUGAAUUGAACCAUUGAAUGCGUCUCUGUACCGUCACCUGCUGGAGAGGGAAAAAGGUCCGAAUGGGAUGGAGUGGAAUGAAAGAGACAAGCGUCCAGUGGAAUGAAGGACUAGGUGGAGAAGAGGGAGCGGCAGGAGUGGAGUGGAUAACAAAAUAAAAAGAAAAAUGAAGGAAAGUGGAUUGGAGGAAGCAAGCUGGAAAGGAAAGGAGACAAGGUGGAUUGGAUUAGCUUGGCGGAUGGGAGAGAAAGAGAGGAGGCAGGGAAUGUGUGUGUGUGUGUGUGUGUGUGUGUGUGUGUGUGUGUGUGUGCGAGCGGGUGUGGUAGCUCUAAAUUAAAUUAAGACAAGCGGAAAAAGAAGAAAAGCGAAAUGAGAAGAGAUGAAAUAAGAACGAAA